GAGCUGCUGCACUCAUUUUGCCUUUUUGUGAUGACCGCGAAAAGUAAAGAGGCAACUUUUAAACAUUGCCCCAUCACGAGCCACAACCACCACCCACCCACCUAGAAUUUUGAAACAAAGUAUUUCUUCAUUUAAUGUCACAAUGUCCUGUGCAAACUUGGCCUGCCUCUGCGCCGCGCUGCUCCUCUGCCUUCUGUCCUGCUGCUGCUCCCCUGCCCAGGGAUACUUUGCGGAGGAGCGCUGGUGCCCCGAGUCUCCGCUCCUGGCUCCGCGGUACCUCGUCGCCCUCAUCUGCAGAAACUCCGAACACUCCCUGCCGUAUUUUCUCGGGGCCUUUGAUCGACUCAACUAUCCCAAGGACCGCAUGGCUCUGUGGGUAGCGACUGAUCAUAACGAGGACAACACCACUGUCAUCCUGCGUGACUGGCUCGUCAAAGUGCAGAAACUUUACCAUUAUGUGGAAUGGAGGCCAAAAGAGGAACCCAGACGUUACACAGACGAAGAUGGUCCAAAGCAGUGGACUGACCUCCGUUAUGAGCAUGUUAUGAAGCUUCGGCAGGUCGCACUGGAGUCAGCUCGUGAGAUGUGGGCGGACUUCUUUAUGUUGGUGGACUGUGAUAAUUUGCUCACCAAUCCCGAUGUGAUGUGGAAGCUUAUGAGAGAGAAUAAGACCAUCAUCGCCCCAAUGCUUGACUCCCGUGCGGCCUAUUCAAACUUCUGGUGUGGAAUGACUGCGCAGGGUUACUAUAAGCGCACCCCUGCCUACAUACCCAUUAGGAAGCAGCUGCGUAAGGGCUGUUUUGCUGUACCCAUGGUCCACUCCACCUUCCUGAUUGACCUGAGGAAAGAGGCAUCCAAACAGCUGGCCUUUCAUCCACCACACCCUGAAUACAACUGGGCGUUUGAUGAUAUUAUUGUGUUUGCAUACUCUGCUAGGAUGGCAGAUGUUCAAAUGUUUGUAUGUAACAAAGAGACCUAUGGAUACUUCCCUGUGCCCCUCCGAUCGCAUAAUACUUUGCAAGAUGAAGCUGACAGCUUCUUGCAUACCGUGCUGGAAGUUAACGUGCGAAAUUCCCCAGUGAUGCCUUCCAAAUACAUACGUGCUCCUAGAAAAAAAGCAGAUAAAAUGGGAUUUGAUGAGGUUUUCAUGAUUAACCUACAGAGACGGACUGACCGCCGAGAUCGUAUGCUGGGGGCAUUGUACCAGCAGGAGAUUGCUUGUAAGGUCAUUGCAGCCGUAGAUGGAAAAGCAAUGAAUGCCAGUGAAGUUCAAUCUCUGGGCAUCCAUAUGCUCCCGGGAUACAGUGACCCCUAUCAUGGUCGACCACUGACAAAAGGAGAACUGGGAUGUUUCCUUUCCCACUAUAAAAUCUGGAAAGAGAUAGAGGAGCGACGCCUGACCACCUCUCUGGUGAUUGAAGAUGACCUGCGCUUUGAAGUCUUUUUCAAACGUCGCUUAAUGAACUUGAUGAGUGAAAUACAGGAAGAAGGACUGGACUGGGAUCUCAUUUAUAUUGGUCGUAAGAGAAUGCAAGUGGAUCAUCCAGAGAAAGCGGUGCCUAAUAUACACAACUUAGUGGAAGCAGACUAUUCAUAUUGGACACUAGGUUAUAUGAUAUCAUUACAAGGUGCUGAGAAGCUUCUGAAAGCUGAACCUCUGAAGAGGAUUUUACCAGUGGAUGAGUUUCUUCCUAUCAUGUUCAAUAAACACCCUAUGACUGAUUAUAUGGAGCAGUUUGAAACCAGGGACUUGAAGGCGUUUUCCGCAGAGCCUCUUCUAGUGUAUCCAACACACUACACUGGCGACCCGGGCUACAUCAGCGACACUGAAACCUCCACGGUGUGGGACAACGACAAGGUCCGUACAGACUGGGACAGAGCCCGCUCAGGAAAAACUGGGGAGCAAGCUGAGAUCAGCACCGAGGCCCAGAACUCAGAUGUGCUACAGUCCCCUCUGGACAGUACAGCACGAGACGAGCUAUGAGACCCUUGUAGAAACUCACAGGUGCACAGGGCAAAUGAACUUGUUUUUUUUUUUUUUUU